CUUCCCUGGCGGACCCUACGCGCCGGAUCUCGGCCGCCCGGGCUCUGCCACUGCCAGCCGGGCGGCCUUGGUUUGUGAGACUUAUUCGAGCCCAUUUUCCUCUUCUGGGUAAUGGGAGAAGCCGCGGCUAUCAAAACUGGGACUGGGAGAGCUGGAACGAGAGACUGCGGCCUGACUGAACAGAGGGUACAACUCGGGCCUCACGGCCUACGACAAGACCAUUUUCCAAUCCGGCAACCCUCCGCAGGGCCCAGGCUCGCGCGGGUUCUAAAAUGAGGACAAAGCCCGCCCGGAUCUAGCGUUCGCGCGCCGACGUGGCCAAUGGGACGCCGGUGCAGGGUUGAAUGACGGGAAGGCGCAGCCAAUGAGCAUGCGUCUUGUUGCGAAGUGGAUCCCGGCUCCGGCAUUAUAAAGAGCGCCACGAGUCGGUAUUGUCAGGCGGCGGCGCUGCGCGGGCCCGGGCGAGUCUUUUGGUCGGUGGGUUCCGUGCAGCGGUGGUCGAGAAGGAGCGCGCGAGGUUGCGGCGGCUCCGUCUGCGGAGGGAGGGAAGGCCGGGCAGCACGAGCUUGAUCGCGGCCGAGCUCGCCGCACCUUCCCGGCGGGUGGGGACGAACGGGCCUCGCGGCCUCACCGGCGGCGAGGAGCCGCUGCACCCCGGUCUACCAUGUCGGAAGCGGGUGAGGAGCAGCUAAUGGAGACGACGGGUGCCACCGAGAACGGGCAUGAGGCCGCCCCUGAAGGCGAGUCGCCGGCCGGGCCCGGCACCGGGGCCGCAGCGGGCUCAGGAGGCGGGAGUGCGGCUCCCCCGGCCGUCAACCAGACCAGCGCCGAGGGCGACCAGAUCAACGCCAGCAGGACCGAGGACGACGCAGGAAAAAUGUUCGUUGGUGGCCUGAGCUGGGAUACCAGCAAAAACGACCUGAAGGAUUAUUUUUCCAAAUUUGGAGAGGUCGUUGACUGUACAAUAAAAAUGGAUCCCAACACUGGCCGGUCAAGAGGGUUUGGGUUUAUUCUCUUCAAAGAUGCAGCCAGUGUGGAGAAGGUCCUAGAUCAGAAGGAGCACAGGCUGGAUGGUCGUGUCAUUGACCCCAAAAAGGCCAUGGCCAUGAAGAAAGAACCUGUAAAGAAAAUUUUUGUGGGGGGUCUGAAUCCAGAAGCCACUGAGGAGGAAAUCAGAGAGUACUUCGGCGAGUUUGGGGAGAUUGAGGCCAUUGAUCUUCCAAUGGAUCCAAAGUCACACAAAAGACGAGGCUUUGUUUUCAUCACCUUUAAAGAAGAGGAGGAACCUGUGAGGAAGGCUCUAGAGAAAAAGUUCCACACCAUUGGUGCAAGUAAGUGUGAAAUCAAGGUGGCUCUGCCCAGAAAGCUCUAUCAGCAGCAGCAAGGCUCUGGCCGUGGUGGAAACCGCAGCCGAGCGAGCCGAAGUGGUGGCGGUGGAGGUGGAGGUCAGAGUCAGAGUUGGAAUCAGGGCUACGGCAACUACUGGAACCAGGGCUACGGCUACCAGCAGGGCUACGGGCCCGGCUAUGGCGGCUACGACUACUCGCCCUAUGGCUAUUACGGCUACGGCCCCGGCUACGACUACAACCUCAGUCAAGGGGAUGCACGGACUGGCCUCCCCUUCCCCCUUCAGAGGUCCAGAGUGCCCUGGAACACAGUGGAUGGAAGGAGAGGCAAGAGGCAGGCUCCUUUGUCGGUCAGGGCCCUACACACUGCAAAGGCAACUUGUUUGAAGAAAAAGUACCUGGACACCAAGUAGUCAGCCUCUUUGGUGGCUGGUGUCCUUGUGGCCUCAUCUUUGAUCAGAUCCACACCAAUGAAGAGCCCGACGCCCCUGGAGCAGAAGGCGACAUCUCAGGAGGCCAGGCCUGAGGGUACCAUGGGCCUUGCCCUUGCCCUCUGCCUGGGUCUCAGCCAAACCCCAUCAGAAAGUCCACUGGGGCUUGUACCUCUGCCUCCUGGGGAGACAGGGCCACAGGAAACGUGGUGGUGUGUGUGUGCGUGUGUGUGCGUGAGAGAGGGAGACAGAGACACAAUUCUAGGAAGUGACUGCAAUAGGGAAGGGCCCUUGCCAUGGACAGAGGAAAGGCUGGGGGCCAGAGUUACUUGAUUCCGGCUUUUUUCCCCUCCUAAAAGUGCCAUUUUGGGUGACAGCCACUCUCAGUGCUUUAGUCCAACACCAGUGGAGAGCAAAACUCCCACCAUCCCGGGUGGUCAGGAGGUGAGAGGAGUGACUCCAGGCCUCGGGCGGAUGCUUGGUUAGUGGGCAGUGACUGCUACCCCGAGCCUUACCUGAUGUCCCCGAUGAUGGGGUGUUUGGCUUUUUGCUGCCUCAGAAGCUCCAUCAGGAAGCUGCCCACAUGGGCAGCGUGAGCUUGCAGCUGCUCCUUCUCCAAGACAUCCAGGACGGCCAGCCCCACUGCACAGGACACUGGGCUGCCCCCAAACUGAGCCGGGGGCAAAGGGCAUGUAAGAUGUCCAGCAGAGUGAGCCAUGCCCAGGGAGGAUGAGGGCACCGGAACUGCCCACACUCCAGGGCAAGUGAUAGCACAGGCUUCAACAGUAAAUGGGGUUCUUCUGGGGGCCCUGUGGGCUGUCCCACCUCUCCAGGUGCUAAUGUGACUCACCCAGAGCGAGUACUCCCAGGGUGCAGUGGGAGCCCUGAGAAGCUGCAGAGCCAGAGGAAACAAAUGGCGUGGGCAUGCCCACCGAGUUGGUUUGGGUCCAGAGGCAUUAAGGGUCCCAUCUCACAGGCUGGGCCCAGACCCAUAGCAUUGGGCCAGUGUCGGUCACUUCUAAGGAGGGCUGAGAACCCUGUGCCAGAGCCACCCAGGAAGCUUCUGAGCCCAUGGGUCUGCUGGGUGAACCCAGGACAGAUUUGAGGGCACAGACUACAGCUGACUGAGUGUGAGCCAUGGGUGGCCUGAAGAUGUAUUUUGUUUCACUUUGUGUGGCAUUAUGAAAAGUUUUGAAUUGGGUAUGAAUACUGUAAGACAACACAAAAAUUUUUGACUUGCACCUGGCCUAUCUGGCUACCUUGGUAUUGGCUGUUCCUUCAGGUACUUUGGGUACUUGGGUUCACUUCCUCCACCUGGCCCUGCAGGUGGUCUGAGUGGGGACUGGAGAGAGCAAAAACAAGUGUUUUUCCUGCAGACUGUUUUUCCUUUUUGCUUUGUGUUGGAUGACCUUUUCCUUAAACUGAAAAAAAGACCUUAUUGAGGUACAGUUUACAUAAUGUAGACUGCAUAUAUUCAAAGUGCAUAGUCAUCCACCACUUAAGGACAUGGAUACAUGUGGUGAUUUGAAUGAAUGUCAUAGAGUGUACUUAAUACAAACACAUGGUAUAGCCUGUAGCUCAUAGGGAAGGAAAAAGAAUUGGUUGAAACAUCCCUGUGAUAAAAGACAUUUUAACAGGUGAACAAACAACAAUUGAACAACAUGUAUACCUCCUGUACACAUAGGAGAGACCAAGGAAAACUGAGUAAGUCACCAAAAUGACCGAGGCCACCACCUUAAAUACCAUCUCUAGUUGAAGACAAAAGAGGAUGGGGUGGGGGCAGGGGCCAGUUACUGGAGGUGACCUGGAGGAGCACAGCAGAGGUGAGCAAGGCUGUGAGGCAGACUGAAGUUCCUUCUGCAUUGAUACGAGUUUCUAAAGGUAAGGCCGCCCUCUUGGUACAGAGGGAAGACACCCUACAAAGGGAGAUUUCCCUUAUAAAGGUGGCUUACAAGUGGAUCACUUCUACCUGGUUUUCAGAGCUUUUCCCCAAAUCUGCUUCUUAAAAUUAACCGGCCUAAAAUAAUCCGUACACCAAAGAAAUAUAUUUUGGGAGGAUAAAUUCUGUUCUGCUGUAGCCCCUGAACUACAAAGCUGGCACUACUGGACUAUGGUAGGCAGUGGUAAUGCAACUUUCAGAAUUUGUGUAGUAGGUUUGUUAGCACUGCUGUGACAUCACACUGGACAGUAGGCAUUUUGCAGCUUCGUAAUCUUGCGGGACCACCAUACUGUAUGCUAUAGACACAAAAUGGGUCCCAUGGACAAGUCACCUCAUGGUGACCUGAUCGUAAAUUCCUAACUGGGCGUGUCACGCCCCAGGCCUAGUAACUUGUUUUUUUAGGCCUGUAACUUUAGUGUAGUUGAAGGUUUACCUUUGCUUUGAGCCAGCUCUGCCCACUUUCUGUGCAUCUAGUUUAACUCGCUUUUGAAGUAAACCACUCUCAAGAAAGCAUGUAACUUGUUGGAAAGCACUAUCCUGUAAGCCAGUCCCCACCUUGCUUUCUCCCACCUUCAUGAAAUGCUCCUUAGUUCCCUCCUUAAUUCCAGAUGCAUAAAGGAAGAUGUAAAAUGCUAUUCUUAGAACCAUUUUCCUCUGUUGAGAUCUUGCUUCCAGAGAUAUCCUAUAUUUGGCUCAAAUAAUUUUUUCCUUUAAUUUUUUUAUUUCUCAAUUACAGUUGACAUUAAGUGUAUUAGUUUCAGGUGUACAGCAUUGUGGUUAGACACAUAACUCUGGCUCAAAUAACUUUUUAUAAAAAUUCAAAAUUCUCUACAGGUUCUUACGUUAACAAUGUAGUCUGUUAACCAAAACAGUACAUGGUUCACGACUGUAGUUCAAAAUGAUUCAACAAGUGUAAAACUAGAACCUCCAACACAGCGAGGACACAAACAUUUCCAUCACUCCCCAGAAUUUCUCGUGCUCUCCGCUGCUGGCUCAGGCAGCCACUGACCUGCUUUCUGACUACAGUUUUGCCUUUUCCAGAAUGUCAUGAAUGGAGUCACAGAAUAUGUACUCCUCUGUGCCUCACUUCUGCUCAACAUGUUUGAAAUUUAUCCACGUUGUAUAUAUCAGUAGUUUGCUCAUUUUGUGGUUGCAUAAUAAUACUCCACUGUAUGGACAUACCACAGUUUGUCCAGUCUCCUGUUGAUGAACCCUUGGGUUAUUUUGAUUUUUGGCUAUUAAGAAUAAAACUAACUUAUAACAAGUCUCUAAA